ACCGCCGCCGCCAUGUUUAGUUGUUACUUCUUUACUCAAGAUGGCGGCUCCCAGGGAGGAGGCAUGAGCGCCCUGCCGUUACCGCUCCUUCUGCCGUACAGUUGCCACUUCGGGGCCUAACUCUGGCUGUUUGGAGCGGCUCCUGUGGAAGGAGUCAUAAGGAGGGAAGUGAGGAUCGGAUACUGCCUUGCGUUUGGUUUGCAGUGGAAGAACUGACCCAGGAGUAAGAGAAUAGGGGGGAAGGGAAAGCUAGUCUCAAGAUGGCGGCUCCCAGGGCGGCAGGCGCAGCCUGAGCAGCAGAGGCGGACUAAGGGGAGAGGUGCGAGACCUCACGAGCCGUACGGCGCGAGCCCCCAAGCAGCCCCCAAGAAUUCGAGCUGGUUCCACCGGCCUCCGGCGCGUUUGUAUUCCUUAGGGGUGUCGAGUCUGUUUCGGGAGCUGCGGGUGCACUAAGCGCUGGGCGGGGAAGUGGGACGGUUUCAAGAUGGCGGCUCCCACAAUUGUGGUCUGAGCGCCGGCGGGACUGGGACGACCGCGGCUCUUGUGGCUCCUUUCCACCCGCCCCGGAAGCCGGCCAGUGCUGGGGACUUGGGGGUGUGGGAACCGGGCCGGGGCUCCGCCAUUUCCGGCGGGGGAGGGCUACGACUGAGGAAGGGAGGAGAGAGAGGCGCCUCAAGAUGGCGGCUCCCAGGGCCUCCCGCUCGAGCUUGUAAGCGGGAGUGCCCGCGCAAGUAGUCAGGGCGACGGGACUCAGCGGCCUCCAGCUUCUCGAGCCUAGGCGCUGGACAGUUCCGGAGGCUCUUGAGGACACAGGGUGAGCAAGAAGAAGGGGAAGAGCCGAAGGGAAGGAGGGUAGUUAAGAUGGCGGCCUCCAUGGAGUCGUCCACCGCUGUGUGAGGAACCGCUUCUUCGUGAGAGCUGCCUUAGGCGAAAGGGGGUGUGUGUGAAAGGAAUUCAGGAGCUCUCUGCCCGCUCGUUGACUUCUUCCCACCGCACCCUUUCCCGGAACUAUGGCUUCGGCCGUGUCGCCCGCCAACUCGCCGGCGGUGCUCUUGCAGCCCCGCUGGAAGCGAGUGGUGGGCUGGUCAGGUCCGGUGCCCCGGCCCCGCCACGGCCACCGCGCUGUGGCCAUCAAGGAGCUCAUCGUGGUGUUUGGUGGUGGCAACGAGGGAAUAGUGGACGAACUGCACGUGUACAACACGGCAACCAACCAGUGGUUCAUCCCGGCUGUGAGAGGGGACAUCCCUCCUGGGUGUGCAGCGUACGGCUUCGUGUGUGAUGGGACUCGCCUGCUGGUGUUUGGUGGGAUGGUGGAGUAUGGAAAAUACAGCAAUGACCUCUACGAGCUCCAGGCAAGCCGCUGGGAAUGGAAGAGGCUUAAAGCAAAGACGCCCAAAAAUGGGCCCCCGCCAUGUCCUCGGCUCGGGCACAGCUUCUCCCUCGUUGGCAACAAAUGCUACCUGUUUGGGGGUCUGGCCAAUGAUAGCGAGGACCCCAAGAACAACAUUCCGAGGUAUCUGAACGACUUAUACAUCCUGGAAUUGCGGCCAGGCUCCGGAGUGGUAGCCUGGGACAUCCCUAUUACUUAUGGGGUCCUGCCCCCACCCCGGGAGAGUCACACUGCUGUGGUGUACACUGAAAAAGAUAACAAGAAAUCCAAGCUGGUGAUCUACGGAGGGAUGAGUGGCUGCAGGCUGGGGGACCUCUGGACCCUGGACAUUGAGACUCUGACAUGGAACAAGCCCAGUCUCAGCGGGGUGGCUCCUCUUCCUCGCAGUCUCCACUCAGCAACCACCAUCGGAAAUAAAAUGUACGUGUUUGGUGGCUGGGUGCCUCUCGUCAUGGAUGACGUCAAAGUGGCCACACAUGAGAAGGAGUGGAAGUGUACCAACACGCUGGCUUGUCUCAACCUGGAUACCAUGGCCUGGGAGACCAUCCUCAUGGACACGCUGGAGGACAACAUUCCCCGGGCUCGAGCUGGCCACUGCGCAGUCGCCAUCAACACCCGCCUGUACAUUUGGAGUGGACGUGACGGCUACCGCAAGGCCUGGAACAACCAGGUCUGCUGCAAGGACCUCUGGUACCUGGAGACAGAAAAGCCACCGCCCCCAGCCCGGGUACAGCUGGUUCGAGCCAACACGAAUUCCCUGGAGGUGAGCUGGGGGGCAGUGGCGACAGCCGACAGUUACCUUCUGCAGCUCCAGAAAUAUGACAUUCCUGCCACGGCUGCUACUGCCACCUCCCCCACACCCAAUCCAGUCCCGUCUGUGCCUGCCAACCCUCCCAAGAGCCCUGCCCCGGCAGCAGCCGCACCUGCUGUGCAGCCGCUGACCCAAGUAGGAAUCACGCUCCUGCCCCAGGCUGCUGCCGCGCCCCCAACUACCACCACCAUCCAGGUUUUGCCGACGGUGCCCGGCAGCUCCAUUUCCGUGCCCACAGCAGCCAGGACUCAAGGUGUCCCUGCUGUUCUCAAAGUGACUGGUCCUCAGGCUACAACAGGAACCCCGCUGGUCACCAUGAGACCUGCCAGCCAGGCUGGGAAAGCCCCUGUCACUGUGACCUCCCUGCCCGCUGGUGUGCGAAUGGUUGUGCCGACACAGAGUGCCCAGGGGACGGUGAUCGGCAGCAACCCGCAGAUGAGCGGGAUGGCUGCGCUGGCAGCUGCAGCUGCUGCCACCCAGAAGAUCCCUCCUUCCUCGGCGCCCACAGUGCUGAGUGUCCCAGCGGGUACCACCAUUGUCAAGACCGUGGCUGUGACACCUGGCACUACUACCCUCCCGGCCACUGUGAAGGUGGCCUCCUCGCCAGUCAUGGUGAGCAACCCGGCCACCCGAAUGCUGAAGACUGCAGCCGCCCAGGUGGGAACAUCUGUCUCUUCUGCCACCAACACAUCUACCCGCCCUAUCAUCACGGUGCACAAGUCGGGGACUGUGACAGUGGCUCAGCAAGCCCAGGUGGUGACCACGGUGGUGGGCGGGGUCACCAAGACCAUCACCUUGGUGAAGAGCCCCAUCUCUGUCCCAGGAGGCAGUGCUCUGAUUUCCAAUCUGGGCAAAGUGAUGUCAGUGGUCCAGACCAAACCAGUUCAGACUUCAGCAGUCACAGGCCAGGCGUCCACAGGCCCUGUGACUCAGAUCAUCCAGACCAAAGGACCUCUGCCAGCGGGGACAAUCCUGAAGCUGGUGACCUCGGCAGAUGGCAAGCCUACCACCAUCAUCACUACCACGCAAGCCAGCGGGGCAGGGGCCAAGCCCACCAUCCUGGGCAUUAGCAGUGUGUCCCCUAGCACCACCAAGCCCGGCACGACCACCAUCAUCAAGACCAUUCCCAUGUCGGCCAUCAUCACCCAGGCGGGCGCAGCGGGUGUGACCAGCAGUCCUGGCAUCAAGUCCCCCAUUACCAUCAUCACUACCAAGGUGAUGACUUCAGGAACGGGGACACCUGCCAAAAUCAUCACUGCUGUCCCUAAAAUUGCCACUGGCCACGGGCAGCAAGGAGUUACCCAGGUGGUGCUGAAGGGGGCCCCUGGACAGCCAGGCACCAUCCUCCGCACCGUGCCCAUGGGGGGCGUCCGCCUGGUCACCCCCGUCACUGUCUCUGCCGUCAAGCCGGCCGUCACCACACUGGUUGUGAAGGGCACCACAGGUGUCACAACCCUAGGCACAGUCACAGGCACGGUCUCCACCAGCCUUGCUGGAGCUGGGGGCCAUGGCACCAGCGCCUCCCUGGCGACACCCAUCACUACCUUGGGCACCAUUGCCACCCUCUCAAGCCAGGUGAUCAACCCCACUGCCAUCACCGUGUCAGCCGCGCAGACCACGCUGACAGCGGCCGGUGGGCUCACCACUCCCACCAUCACCAUGCAGCCUGUCUCCCAGCCUACCCAGGUGACUCUGAUCACAGCACCCAGUGGGGUUGAGGCACAGCCUGUGCACGACCUCCCUGUGUCUAUCCUGGCCUCUCCUACUACCGAACAGCCCACAGCCACAGUCACCAUUGCUGACUCGGGCCAGGGUGAUGUGCAGCCUGGCACCGUGACGCUGGUGUGCUCCAACCCACCGUGUGAGACCCACGAGACGGGCACCACCAACACAGCCACCACCACUGUUGUGGCUAACCUUGGGGGCCACCCCCAGCCCACACAAGUGCAGUUCGUCUGUGACAGGCAGGAGGCAGCUGCUUCUCUUGUGACCUCAACCAUGGGGCAGCAGAAUGGUAGUGUGGUCCGAGUCUGCUCCAACCCGCCGUGCGAGACCCACGAGACGGGCACCACCAACACCGCUACCACCGCCACCUCCAACAUGGCUGGGCAGCAUAGUUGCUCAAACCCGCCCUGCGAGACCCACGAGACGGGCACCACCAGCACUGCCACCACAGCCAUGUCAAAUGUCGGCGCCAGCCAACAGCGAGAUGCCCGCCGGGUCUAUGUGGCCAGCAACCCCACUGUGGUCCGGAUCAAUGUGGCCACCGGGACAGUGGAGGGAGGCCAGGGUCCUAAGCCCCAGUGCCAAACCCGUCACACCAGUGCAACUAGCACCACAAUGACUGUGAUGGCCACCGGGGCCCCGUGCUCUGCCAGCCCGCUCCUGGGGGGCCACAGCCCAGCUUUUGUGCAGUUGGCCUCUCUGAGUGGCAAGGUCGGGCCCGUGGGGCGCCAGCUGGAAAUGCAUCACACCCACACGGCUAACACCCCCACCACGGCUCGCCCCAGCCUGGGUGCUGGGGAGCCUGGCACAGCACGAGGGGCCCCUGUGCCCGCGUAUGAGAGCCCCCAGGGCAGCCCGCCCAGCACCGCCGUGACUGUGACAGCCCUGGAGGCACUGCUGUGCUCCUCGGCCACCACGACCCAUGUCUGUUCCAACCCACCGUGCGAGACCCACGAGACGGGCACCACCAACACUGCCACUACCUCCAAUGCUGGCAGCGCCCAGCGGGUGUGCUCCAACCCACCCUGUGAGACCCAUGAGACAGGCACCACCCACACAGCCACCACCGCCACCUCCAGUGGGGGCAUAGGCCAGCCUGAAGGUGUGCAGCAGGCCCCUGCCAGCCACCCUUGUGAGACACACCAGACCACUUCCACUGGCACUACCAUGUCGGUCAGCGUGGGUACCCUGCUCCCCGACACCACGCCCUCCCACAGGACCCUGGAGUCUGGCUUGGAUGCAGCAGCACCGCCCAGCAUCACCCCCCAGGCCAGCACCGCGUUGCUGGCUCCUUUCCCAACACAGAGGGUGUGCUCCAACCCCCCGUGUGAGACCCAUGAGACAGGCACCACGCACACAGCCACCACCGUCACCUCCAACAUGAGCUCAAACCAAGAUCCCCCACCAGCCGCCAGCGAUCAGGGAGAGGUGGAGAGCACCCAGGGCGACAUCGUGAACAUCACCAGCUCCAGUGCGAUCACAACAACCGUGUCCUCAACACUGACACGGGCUGUAACCACCGUGACACAGUCCACACCAGUUCCUGGCCCCUCUGUGCCGAAGAUCUCAUCAAUGACUGAGACUACCCCAGGGGCUCUGACUACCGAAGUCCCCAUCCCAGCCACGAUAACGGUGACCGUAGCCAACACAGAAACUUCUGACAACCCCUUCUCUGCUGUUGACAUCCUGCAGCCCCCAGAGGAGCUCCAGGUCUCACCAGGGCCUCGCCCACAGCUGCCGCCACGGCAACUCCUGCAGUCUGCCUCCGCACCCCUGAUGGGGGAGUCCACUGAGGUCCUGUCAGCCUCCCAGACCCCAGAGCUCCCGGACGCCGUGGAUCUGAGCAGCACAGGGGACCCAUCUUCAGGCCAGGAGCCUGCCAGCUCAGCGGUAGUGGCCACUGUGGUGGUCCAGCCACCUCCACCCACACAGUCUGAAGUAGACCAGUUAUCACUUCCCCAAGAGCUGAUGGCUGAGACCCAGGCAGGCACCACUACCCUCAUGGUGACAGGGCUCACCCCUGAGGAGCUGGCAGUGACUGCUGCUGCCGAAGCAGCUGCCCAGGCCGCAGCCACAGAGGAAGCUCAGGCCCUGGCCAUCCAGGCGGUGCUCCAGGCCGCACAGCAGGCUGUCAUGGCAGGCACUGGGGAGCCCAUGGAUACUUCCGAGGCAGCAGCGGCCGUGACACAGGCGGAGCUGGGUCACCUGUCAGCCGAGGGUCAGGAGGGCCAGGCCACCACCAUCCCCAUUGUGCUGACGCAGCAAGAGCUGGCCGCCCUGGUGCAGCAGCAGCAGCAGCUGCAGGAGGCGCAGGCGCAGGCCCAGCAGCAGCACCACCACCUCCCCACGGAGGCCCUAGCCCCUGCCGACAGCCUCAACGACCCGACCAUCGAGAGCAACUGCCUCAACGAGCUGGCUGGUGCUGUCCCCAGCACGGUGGCCCUGCUACCCUCAACGGCCACAGAGAGCCUGGCUCCAUCCAACACAUUUGUGGCCCCCCAGCCGGUUGUGGUAGCAAGCCCAGCAAAGCUGCAAGCUGCUGCGACCCUGACUGAAGUGGCCAAUGGCAUCGAGUCCCUAGGCGUGAAGCCGGACCUGCCACCCCCGCCCAGCAAAGCACCCGUGAAGAAGGAGAACCAGUGGUUUGAUGUGGGGGUUGUUAAGGGCACCAAUGUAAUGGUGACACACUAUUUCCUGCCACCAGAUGAUGCUGUCCCAUCAGAUGAUGACUCAGGCACUGUCCCUGACUAUACCCAGCUGAAGAAGCAGGAACUGCAGCCAGGCACAGCCUACAAGUUCCGUGUUGCUGGGAUCAAUGCCUGUGGCCGGGGGCCCUUCAGUGAGAUCUCAGCCUUUAAGACAUGUCUGCCUGGUUUCCCAGGGGCCCCUUGUGCCAUUAAAAUCAGCAAAAGUCCAGACGGUGCUCACCUCACCUGGGAGCCACCCUCUGUGACCUCCGGCAAGAUCAUCGAGUACUCAGUGUACCUGGCCAUCCAGAGCUCGCCGGCAGGUGGCGAGCCCAAGAGCUCCACCCCGGCUCAGCUGGCCUUCAUGAGGGUGUACUGCGGGCCUAGCCCCUCCUGCCUCGUGCAGUCCUCCAGCCUUUCCAACGCCCACAUCGACUAUACCACCAAGCCCGCCAUCAUCUUCCGCAUCGCUGCCCGCAACGAGAAGGGCUAUGGCCCAGCCACGCAAGUGAGGUGGUUGCAAGAAACCAGUAAAGACGGCUCCGGCACCAAGCCGGCCGGCAAGCGGCCCCUGUCCUCUCCAGAAAUGAAAUCUGCUCCAAAGAAAUCUAAGGCAGAUGGUCAGUGAGAGGAUACUGGCCAGCACCUGGAUUCUUCUCCAGACCCCCGCCUCACCCCGCUUCAGGAACCACCCGCCAGGGCCCAGGGCCCACCUCUCCCACCCCUCCCAGCAUUUGCACUUCGCUGUCACGAGCCACUGGCCGCCAUUCACUCUCUCCCCCCUUUUCUCUCUCCCUGUUUUAAAAUGAACUAAAGAAAGCACAUUUUACCUUGCUGUGGGGAGGAAGCAGAGGCAGGCUGGAAGGAGCAGUGAGCCAAUGAGAGUAGGGCUCCGCCUGUCUUCUUCCCGGCCGAGCGGGACUGGAGAGUUCAGAGACCUUUGAGGGAGAGAAAUUGGAACUUACAGAAGACAGAAAGGACCCACACUUCCAGGCCUGCACGUUUCGGGGUUCAUUGCCCUUGGCCUGAGGGGGCAGCCGAGGGCCAGGUGGGGGUGGGCGAGGGGAGGUGCCCUGUCCUGGGCAUGUGUCUGGUUCUGUUUUAUUUUGUUGCCCUUGUGUUUCAGCCGCCUAAUGUCCCUUCCUCAGGCUCAUCCAGCCCGCCCUGCCUGGUGGCCCCACAGGAAGCUCACACAUUUCCUCAGAGGCCUUUGUGCUCCUACUUCUCCCCCCUUUCCUGUUUAAAAAAAGAAAAGAAAGAAAAAGGAGGGAAAGGAGCUUCAUGGGGCCUGAGCAGCGUUCUGUGAAAACCUCCUGACGGGCUGGGAGUGGCCCCCACCUAGCCUGGCUUCGGCCUUGCCCAGCCUGAGGCUGGAGCCACAUCGCCAACUGCUGCAUUUGUUGUAUUUUUUUUAAGUUGAAAUUGAUGAAGUUAACAUUUUUAUUGUAAUUUUAGCCUUAGCGUGUGGGGUUUUGUCCCUUUUUUGUUAGCUGUGUACAGAAUGUGUAUCUUUCUUUUCUUUUUCUUUUUUUUUUCUUAGUUUUUAUUUUUGUUUAAUUUUUUUCUCCUUGGCUAAUCCUUGGCAGGGAUCUUUGUGGAGAAAAAGCUGGGGGCAGCCGGGACAGGAGAAGAAACUCCCACAUGGGGCCUGGGAUUCGCUGCCCAGCCUGAUUUCCUGUUGCUGGCCCCUGCCCCCUGCCCUUUGCCUGUCCCCAGGCCUCUGGGACAAAGGAAGAGUGAGCUGUCAAACCUCACUCCACAUAGGUGAUUGCUUUGCACCUAUGGGGGCAGCUUGGGGCUGGGCUAGAGCCUCUUUGUGUCCUGGAUUCCCAGUUCUCCCCAGUCCCUGGCCAGCAUUGAGGCUGAGAAGCCCAAAGCCGUUGGCAUUAGCAGCUUGGAGAUUCUGACCCUCCGGACUGCUGCUUUCUGCAGCCCCUCCCCGCCCCCAAGUUCUAACAGAAAGGGGUGGAGAGUGGAGGGGAGACUAGGUCUCCUGGAGGCAGGCCAGGAAGGGCAUGUGUGGUGUCAUCUGCAGGGGAGGCGGGGACACCAGCCACCGGUUUUAUGAACUUGUAGCACUGUACCAGACUGGGCCAGACUCGGGGUGCGGUUCUGCUUGGAGUUUUCUGCCCUACACUCGAGUUUUAGGCAAGGUGCAGGGCUUGCAGGCAGGUCGUGGAAGGAUUUGAAACGAGCAGCCAAUCUGUCAGCCCCCCAUCUCUGCCUGGAGAUGCAGUGGUAGGGGGAGUGGCCCCCACCUCUGGCCCAUGCCCUCCAGGGCCUCUGGUUUGUUGUAUUAUAGUAUAUUUCACUGUGGAAAACGUCAUGUUUAGUCACCUUGGAGCCCGCCCACCUGGUCCCAUUGUUUUACCCCAGUCCCUUCUCCCAAGCACCCUUUGAUUUCUCUUGUUUCUGAGAACAGUGCGCCUGUUCACUAUUGUAGAGUAACCCCUGUGACUCAAUAUUACCAUAGUGCGAUGUCGUUUUGUGCUAUUUUGAACAAUUAAAAGACUUUUUUUGAAAUAA